CUUGCGCAGGGCCAGGAGCGCGCCCAUACCGCUCCGGGGCUGGCUGAGCGCAGUGCCGCGUUGGAGGGCACGUUCCUGACCCAUCCCGGAGUCUCGCCCUGCCCGGACGUAACAGCCAUUGGCCGAGAGAGCCCGACUAGCUGAACUCGCCGCGGCUCACUGCGGCGUCAGCUGGCCCCGUUCUCCCCGCUGUCGCCGAGCCAGAGCGGGCCACGCGCCCCGUUGCACUCCAGAAAGGACGGAGGCGGACGAGGACCUGGAGGAAAUGGCUCGGCUGCGCUCCGCCUUCGCCGUCUGCGAUGCGACGGCGCGGGGAGCCAGCAGCGUGAGGAGUUCAGCCCGCGGUGAGCGGAGCUGCAGGUGUGGAUGGCGGACGCAGAGGCCGUGUUGCAGCGGCUCGGCGCCCGCCCCUGCCAAGAGUUCGUGAGCUGGGGGCAGUGCCUGGGCUGGGGGCCGCGGGAACUAGUGCCCAUCGCGGCCCCGGCGGUGUUGGACCCCGGAGACAGCAAAGACUACGAGGGGGACGAGCACUUGGCGGCGGCGCUGGCCGCCCCUUGGGACCCGGUGAGCCUGGGCGGAGCUUGGCAGGAUAUCCAGGCGCGACUCGGGAACAAGGCCAAGUUCACCUCUAGUAGCUUUGAGGCCAGAUGUACCACCCAGAAGGGAUGUUAUCCACAUAGGAAAAACACAAAGCUGAGGGAGCCCUCAGUGACCUCAGACGUCAGUAUUGAAACAGAGGUGGGAGAUCUCCAGGUGACAAUGAAGAAACUCAAAAAGAUGUUUGGGAUACUGUUUUCUUGAUUUCCUUAAAGUGGACUGUCCCUGCAUUUUUGGGAGUGGAAAAAGAACUGAUGAGGAUGACAGCAAAUCCAUUGCCCAUAUGAGUGGGACCAGUUCCACAAGGUCAACCCAGAUGCAGAACGGUUGCAGUGGUUAGAUCCAAAACAUCCCCGGCGUGGCCUUCAUUGUACGUGACUUGUUAGCUUCUUACCUAGAGUGGGGCAUCCUACAGAUGCUGUCGUGUGGAGAGUUACAGCAUGUAGAAUCUAAAUCUUACCCUGGGGUCCUUUUAGAAGGUCAGCUCUUUUUUGCUGUGUUUCAAUGAAAACGUUGUGCCCUCUGGUUAAAUACACCUGUUUUGUCCUGACAAAAGUCUUAGCGGAUAAAUGUUUUUAAAUUGGUUAAAAAAAUAAAAUCACAUGCUCAGAUCAAAGCUAUACAAGACAUUCACUGACAUUAUUAGAUUCAUACGGUUGCCAACUUUGUAGCUAAACUAUAACAUCUACUUCCAAUAUUCAAUACUAGAAAACUAGUCAAAGGGGGUGACCAUCCUUGCUUUGCUGUCAAUUAGCCUUGUGGUCUUGGACAUGUCACCAGCCAGGUUUGAUCCAUUUCCUCGUCUGUAAAACAAGCAGUUUGGCCUUUUGGGCCUGGGGCACUCUCAGCUCUGUAGGUCAUUAAGCAGUGGGAAGAACAGCUUGGUGACCCACGUUAAUGAGGACCCUCGUCACCCGUACUUUUUAAAUAUUGGAGUAUUGGAAGUUUUUGUUAGGGCUCAGUGGUAACAAACCCAACUAGUGUCCACGAGGCUGCGGGGUCGAUCCGUGGCCUCACUCAGUAGGUGAAGGGUCCAGCAUUGCCGUGAGCCAUGGUGUAGGUCGCAGAUGUGGCUUAGAUCUGGCAUUUCUGUGGUUCGGGUGUAGGCUGGCAGCUGCAGCUCUGAUUCAACCCCUAGCCUGGAAACUUCCGUAUGCCAUACCUACGGCUUUAAAAAGGAAAACAAAUAUUGGAACAUUGAUUUUUCUCACUUCAGAAUUUAAGUGAAAAAAAAAAAGGUAAUGUUUUAAGCUCCAGUGGAGACAGAAAAAUCUGUUUUUUAAUGUAUUAAGAAAGAAAACAUUUUUUGCAAUAAAAACAGUUUGUCUAUAAAAGAGGAUAUUUUGUAAUCUCAGGAUACUUACAAAGCCUACUUUUGAAUUCAGUGUUAAAAGUUCUAAUGAAAAUAUAUAAAAGUAUGCUACUAAAAGCGUAGUCAUAUGCUACUGAAAAUGCAAUGCCCAGGAAAUGGGCAAUGUUACACUUCACCUAAAAAAAAAUACAAAAAUACGCAAGUUGACUACCAGGGGCUGGUGAAAGGGAGAAACUGAGAGUGAUGAUUAGUGAGUAUAUGCUUUCUUUGGGGGAUGAUGAGAAUGUUCUGGAAUUGUACUGUGGGAAUGUUGCACAACUUUGUGAAUAAACUAAAACCCACCAACUUGUAUACUUUGAAUGUUGAAUUUGAUGGUAUGUGAAUUACAGCUCAUUAAAAAAAUAACGCGGGUA